AUGACCGAUGAUGUCCGCACUCGAAGCGACGACCCCGGAGAUUACAGCACACCCGCUGACGCCGCCCCGCAAGCAAAUGCUUCGCGUCGUGUGCAAGACGAUCUGAUCCAUGGCCGGGGUGGGAUACUGAUUCCCGAAAGCGACGUUGGAACCGCGCAAGUGACACACGAAGUACAACUCCAGCUUGAAGAGUAUCUCCAUCGGCUGCGCGCUUUGGAACGCUCGUGGAAGGAACCCAACCUUGUCUUUUCUGGAACCCUCGGACUCCCUGGUGACGAUAGUCCCUGGCGGAGGUUGCGGCAUCGUGACGGACCCGACAACCACGGCUUCCUAAGCUCCAAGAAUGAGACGGCGAAUCUACUCAAAACUCUCAAGGACUACCCCGUCCCAUCCUUUGCCCGUGCUGCCACCGAGCUCAAGCAGACGACGUUGGAUUUAGCCGAGACUCUGAAUCGACGGCAUGACCGCGUUGCGAACGAGCAGUGGUGUGCGCACCAGCUACAGAUGCGACUCUAUCACCAGGCCAAAAUGUUGAGAAUUGACACGUCAUCAUGUUUCUUCGACUUGUCUGGGCUAUCCGCGUCUCAUUUGAUGGGCAUGCUGUCCGUCAUCGCAGUCUACUACUUUCGUGGCGUUACGCGCGACGCGUCUCACUUCCUCCUCGAAGCUAUCGGGCUUAUCAUGGUGGAAUGCGUCACGGGGUUCUGCGUUACUCGUGGGAUCGAUUGCUCGAACAUCGCCGGCACCGUCUUGGGAGACUGGAGCGUGGACAUACGUACUGUGCUCAAGAGGUUCAAUCUCCUACCGGAAUUCGUCGAGUGGGCGCAUUGUCAGCAUUGCCAUGCUCUACACACAGCUGACCCUGGCGGGCGCGAUUUCGCAGAGAUAUGCGGUUACCGGGGAUGUACAGGGCAUCUAUUUCGCCACUCCAUCUCCAACGUCAAUGCCCUGGUCACUCCACUAUCACCCUACAGGGUUCAGUCCCCAAGUACGUGGGUUGGCAGGCUUCUCUCCAGGCCGAAGAUCGUGAAUAGUCUUAUCACGCACGCGAGCGCCAGCUUGUCUGGUAUGGAACACGACUUCUGGCACGCCUCCGCGCCGAGGGAAUUCCUUGAUGAGAAGGGAAGACCGUUCUUCCGAGCCGCUUUGGAUGCUGGAGAGUAUCAUCUUGCGUUUGGUCUCUUCGUUGACUGGUUCAACGCUUUCGGAAAGCGUUCCAGUCGCGGUCACUCCUCAGGAGUCCUAUACAUCGUAUGCUUCAACCUACCCCCUGAGUUGCGUUACCGUGUCGAAAACAUGUGUCUCGUCGCCGUUAUCCCGGGUCCGAAGGAGCCUGCGCUUCAAGCUCUCAAUCACUACCUUCGCCCUGUGAUUGACGACUUGCUCGCCUUAUGGAAUCCAGGAGUGAUCCUCAGUCGUACGGCCACUGCUACAGAGGUACUCGUACGCGCGGCUCUUCUUCCCCUCAUCGCGGACACUCCCGCCAUCAGGAAAGCCCAGGGCACGUUGUCUUUCAGCUCUGGGGUAUCGCCAUGUAGCGUCUGCGCUAUCUCUUCCGAAGACCUCAGUAACUUUGACUACGAACGUUGGCCCCGCCGAAGCUGGGCUGAACACUUGGAGCAUGCGGCGGCUUGGCGAGAUGCCCCUACGCCCGAGGCCCAGGAGGCACUGGCGCAAGUGACCGGUAUACGCUGGUCUGAACUCCUGCGUCUACCGUAUUGGAACCCGACAGUGUACGCUAUCGUCGACGCCAUGCAUAACCUCUUUCUCGGAGAUAUCGCGAGGCACCUAGAGAAAGCUUGGGGGAUGCGGUGGAUCAAACCUAGGGAUGACGCGGUACCUAAGGCUCAAAGGCUAUCGCAUAGUCCAGAGCAACAGCGGGAGAUGCUCACCAAUAUUGUCGCAGCUUGGAAGCGGCGCGAUGGAGAGUAUCUCAUGGGGAGGCAUACGAGGAAGGACUAUCUGCUCGCCGUCGCGCACGCGAACAAGAUCGCUGUCCCAAGCGGAGGGAGUAAGCGCGAGAUUGCAACCGUCAUGAUAGGCUGGCUGGUGAUACAGUCCGCUGGUACUGCUGAUGAAGUACAUGUCCGGCAACCAGAACCGCGAGACUACGCUGUGCAUGUCUUCGAGGGUGAUGAUCUACCGGCGGACUCUGGUCUGCGCAUCCUGGAUAACGAGGAGCUCGAGGCCAUCUGGCCCGUAACGUCUCGUAUAUCGUUGCCUACAUGGCUCAACCGUGGACAGCAGUACUUUGGAAAACCGGGCAUUGGCACCAUCAAAGCUGACAGCUGGCGCACCAUUGGAACGAUACUGCUCCCCCUUGCACUCAUCCUUCUCUGGGGCAAAGGCGGGAGACGCCAUACACGUUUUCACGCCAUCCUCUUAGACAACUUCCUCCAUCUGGUUGUAGCUGUCAAUCUUGCGACCAUGCGCACGACUUCCAAUGAUAGGCGCAUGAGCUACUUGGAGCAUCUGCAAAAGUACGCGCGGGGCCUCGUGCACACAAUUCCGAACUAUCCUGUCCCCGCCAAUCUACAUCUGAGUUUUCACAUCCCUGAGAUCUUGGAGCUCUUUGGGCCAGUGCACAGGGAGCUCGAGACGACCUUCUUCAACGCGUUCACCAGUGCUUGUAAUCUGCGCGUCAUGAUGGAAAACCUCACCGAUGCCAAGUUGGUACUGUUAUUCGUAAACCUUUUCAACCGGUUUUUCCCGGGAGACGCUGUUGCGUCGGGCGAGAGCAAACCUGCAGCCGUUCAUAAGCGUCAUGCUAAACUCACGUUUGAGGAUACCGCGCUUCUCGCCUAUCGCCUCAAUGCAUCUCAAACUCAGAGUCCGUACUCAGCCGCGACCGCUCCAAAUCGCAUCCAACUCACGCGCGAUGUCACUAUGCUCUCAAGCUUUACACUCAAGAAAACCAAAUUCUCGGAUUCCGCGAGCUCUCGAACCGAUUGCGACGUCAUAGCUUCCGUCUCUCCUUCGGUUGAUGCGUACGGAGAAACUGCGGGGAGAAUCACUGCAAUCUUCGAGCACACUCGCACAGAAUCAACGGGAGCAAAGGUAACCGAGACGUUCGUCAUCUUCCACCCCUUCGAACCCCUCUCAUCGGUAGAGGUGACUCGCGAUCCGUUCCGGGCAUUUGACGGAUUCAAUGCACGCUCAUAUCGCAAUCGGCUCUCAAAGGAUAGGAUUGUUCUCCGGGCGGACGACGUCGUGGCGCACUUUGCUGGACUAGUAUACAAGAUGGCAAAGCUCCCGUCUGGUGAGGGCGAACAGUCGGAAGAGGUGCAGACUCUGUUCCUCAUCGAGGAAGACACAAACCCGAUCGGCCAACGCCUCCCGGAAUACGUUGCUGUGCUGUCUUUAUGCAGGGAUUGA